AUGGUAGAUGCAGCCGCGGGAGGCAUUUUAAUGGCUAAAACAACAGAGGCUGCAUAUGCUUUAUUGGAUGACAUAGCCACCAACAGCUACCAAUGGCCAAGUGAGGGAUCGGGUGUAAAGAAAGUGGCAGAAUUUCAUGAAGUGGAUCCCAUCACAGCACUAGCAGCUCAGGUUGCAUCACUCACAAAUCAGAUAGUCAUGCUUACCACUCAAGGAAAUCAACAGAAGGUAGAUUCAGUCAUGAGUACUUCUUCAUCACACCAAGAGACAGAGGUUGCAAAUGAGCAGGCCCAAUAUGUCAACAGUAGAAACUACAAUCAAAGAGGAAGUUACCAAGCCAAUCACUAUCAUCCAGGGUUGAGGAAUCACGAGAACUUGUCAUAUGGCAACAAUAGAAACACACUUCAACCUCCACCCGGAUUCAACACUCAAAAUUCUGACGGGAAACCACCCUUGGAAGACAUUCUUGGGACAUUCAUUUCUGAGACAAGAUCACGCUUCAACAAAGAUAAAUCACGGUUGGAUAAUAUUGAAACACAUGUGUCCAACAUGGGAGCCACAAUGAAGAAUCUUGAAGUGCAAAUUGGUCAGUUGGCUACCUCAAUGAAGUCUCAGCAACAAGGAAAAUUUCCAAGUGAUACAGAAGUCAAUCCAAAGGAGCACUGUAAAGCCGUUAUAUUAAGGAAUGGCAAGCAAGUUGGAGAAAGUGAACCCACCGAAGAAAGCAACCCCACACCUGAUAAGGAGAAAGAACAAAAGAAAAAAGAUUCGGGCAGCGUCACUAUUCCAUGCACCAUUGGAAGCUCUUCCUUUGAAAAUGCCCUCUAUGAUUUAGGAGCAAGCAUCAACCUAAUGCUGUUAUCAGUAUUCAAGAAGUUAGGCCUCGAAAAAGUCAAGCCAACAACAGUGACUCUACAACUAGCUGAUAGGUCCCUCACUUACCCACGAAGUAUUAUUGAAGACGUGUUAGUAAAGGUCGACAAAUUCAUCUUCCCAACUGAUUUUGUGGUACUGGAUAUAGAAGAAGAUCAAGAAAUCCCACUAAUUUUAGGCAGGCCAUUUUUAGCAACUGGAAGAGCAUUAAUUGAUGUACAAGGAGGACAUUUGACAUUGAGAGUAAAUCAAGAAGAGGUGAGGACUGGCUUCAUUGAUUCUGCUGUGCGCGAUGAGAAAUUAUAUAUUGAAGAUCCCUUGGAGCAGUGUAUGAUGUUUAGUUCAACAAAGGAUGAAAUCAGCUCUUUUGGAGAAUAUGCAGGGAACAAAGACCUAGUUGAUUGCAUAUUGGCUCUAAAGUCUACACCAGUUGAAAACAACCUGUCACAGUGUGAAGAUAUUCAACAAUCAGAGGAAUUAGAUGAUAAAGAAAGCAGCGAAAGUAGUAAGAUUGAACUGAAGCAAUUACCAGAUCACCUCCGCUAUGCAUUUCUGGGAGACAAUUUUGCAUUUCCAGUGAUCAUUUCUUCAUCACUCACCAGGGACGAAGAUGACUGA